AUGGGCAAGUAUGUCAAGAAGACACAAAUUGGAAAAAGUAAGCCGACCACAAACACUGGGGCAGUGAAAGUGGAGCAGAAGCACAAAAAGGUAAAGGCUAAAGCCAAAGCUGCCAAACAGAAGCGCCUGGCUAAAUUUGCGAAUGAUCGCUCUGCCCGGCGUCAGGCAGAAGUGGAUGAGCCGGAUGCCACCAUGUCAGUAGAUGCUGAAUCGAGGAAUGCAGGCGAAAAAAUUGUGUCAUUCUUGGAAAAGGCAAGGACAGACAAAAAGGCUGCCGAGGCUGUCAAGAAGGUUAUUCGGAGCAGUCCGGGGCCCGAAGCGCUUGGCGUGGCGGUGGGCCACUUGGCUGGCCGCGGGCUUGCGCACUGUUUGCACAUGGUGUGCGGAAGACCCACGCCAGCCGCUUGGCAGGUCAACGCCCCUGCAGCUGGCUGCAAGCAGGGGUCAUGUCAACUCUGUGCGUUUGCUGGUUGA